GCGCAAACGAGAAUAUUAAUGGGAGCGGUAAGGCUAGCGCCUUGCUGUACCUCGCUGGGCGUGAGUUGCGGCUUUUUGUCCGGUGUCAUCUUCGACACUCACACGAGCUUCAACCAGGUACGGAGCCGAAUGUCACGAGAUCGUCGGAGGCUAUACUAACGUGCACUGCUGAUAGAGUCGGUUAGCAGGUCUUGGCCAGGCCCUAUUAUCACAACUCCUCACACCCCUCGUCGCAGUCCCAGACAACUCGCCGACGUUCAUCUACUGUCCUCACAAACUCUGCCUCAUGGUUGUCCAACAUGCGCCCUCCUCCCAAAGUACUCCUGCCUCCCUCCCACCUAACGUCUUUACGCUACCUCAGACCGCUCAACUUGAAGCCCUUUACACAAUCAUCAGGGACAAGAACACAAGCAGAGGAGACUUUUUGUUUUACUCCGACCGUAUCAUCCGACUUCUGGUCGAGGAGGGACUGAACCAUCUGCCAGUAAUCCCAAAGACAGUCGAAACGCCAACGGGGGCCGUCUACGAAGGGGUCGGCUUUGAGGGGAAAAUCUGUGGCGUGUCUAUCCUACGCGCGGGCGAGGCGAUGGAGGCCGGCCUGCGCGAGGUCUGCCGCAGCGUGCGCAUCGGCAAGAUCCUCAUCCAAAGGGAUGAAGAGACGGCACAGCCAAAGCUGUUCUACUCGAAGUUCCCGCAGGACAUCGCGCAGCGCUACGUGCUUCUCCUGGAUCCGAUGCUAGCGACCGGCGGUUCUGCCAUUAAGGCAGUAGAGGUGCUAAAGGAGCACGGCGUGCCAGAAGAGCGGAUCAUUUUCGUCAACCUGAUUUCCUCACCCGAGGGACUUAAGACGUUUUGUGGCCGCUUCCCUGCCACGCGUGUUAUCACGGGUUGGAUAGACCAGGGUCUCAACGAGAAGGCGUACAUUAUACCUGGUCUCGGCGACUUCGGUGAACGAAGGUAUUGCUUGUAAACGGCAUGUGAGCUGAUUUUACCCACGAUCCGGGCGGUCUGCUUUGGUUUGGAAUACCCGGCCUACGAGUUGGGAGGCCGCCGGCUGUAAACUUUCCACGCCAUUAUACCAUGUUUCAAGACGUAGUUCAGACACAAUAUGAGUUUUCGGUUUCAUUUCGAAG